GAGGUGUGGGGGUCGGGGGUCAGGGGUCAGGUCAGCUGCUGCAGGACACGGUGACGGUCUAUAGCAGGAAGGAGCAGAAAGAGGAUUUUUGGAGAAGCUCCUCCUCUCCGUGAUGUCGGAACCUCCUAAUUACUAAUUUCUCCACAUCGAAGCCACGGUCUUUCCCUCCCCCUCUUUCUCUUCUCUCUCUCCACUCCUCCAUCCAUGCAUCUCUCAUCCUGACCCUCCUUUCUCUCUCCUCUCUGUGGUUUCCAGGAUAACGGAGGUGGACCAGCCUGGAGGAGCGCUUCCUUUUGUAUUAUAAUUAUUAUUUAUUCCUGGUUAUUUUGGGGGCUUUCUUUGUUUGUGUUUUCUUUUUCUGCCACCGGGCAUGGAGGUUGUAAAAACCCCGCAGACCGUCCACCGGUCCUCCUCCUUCAGCAUCAAGAGCCUCCUGCUGCCCUCUAAGUGCGAGCGCCCAGACCCGGUGGCCGCUGCCACCGCCGCCAUGAUCGGCAUCCCCGGGACUCUGUCUCCAUCACCGGGCUCUGACUCGGACAAGUCGCUCGGCCCGACGGAGGUGGACUCUGCCACCGCGGGUCUGGACCAGGAAAAGCCGGGCAGGGAGGAGCAGACGGAGCAUGAGGAGGAAGAGGACGGAGGAGGAGGGGAGGAUUCCAAGCCGACACCGGAGCAGAACUCCACCGGGAACAACAACAGCGGGAAGAACGGGAAGUACGACAAGCCUCCGUUCAGCUACAACGCGCUGAUCAUGAUGGCCAUCCGGCAGAGCCCCGAGAAGCGGCUGACGCUGAACGGCAUCUACGAGUUCAUCAUGAAAAACUUCCCGUACUACCGGGAGCACAAGCAGGGCUGGCAGAACUCCAUCCGACACAACCUCAGCCUCAAUAAGUGCUUCGUUAAGGUGCCCCGGCACUACGAUGACCCGGGCAAGGGGAACUACUGGAUGCUGGACCCGAGCAGUGACGACGUUUUCAUCGGGGGGACCACCGGGAAGCUCCGCCGGCGCUCCGCAACCUCCCGGGGGAAGCUGGCCAUGAAGCGCGGGCUGCGCUUCGCCCCACUCGGCUUAGAGCGGCCGAACAACCCGCUGUACUGGCAGAUCUCCCCGUUCCUCUCCCUGCACCACCACCAUCACCACCACCCGCAUUACAACGGAUCCUCGCCCGGUUUUCUGAACCAGGCGGCGGGUUACGGGUCGCUGCUGCCCGCCGUGGAGCAGCUGAGUAACGGGGACCUGGGGCGCUCCAUGGCGCUGGGGCUGACGAACACUUACGGGAUGAGCACGUCGCCGGUCGGGCUGCUGUCCGGACAGACCGCCGGAUACUUUGUCUCAGGGAGCCAACAUGCUGCUGCAGCACCGGGGCCGCCGGGAGGAGGGCCCCCGCCGCAACAUCCACCUCCGCCGCAGCAUCUCCCGCAGGGCGCAGCGGGGUUCGGCGGCCUCCCCACCAGCAGCUCUGCGCAGUCCCUGCUGUCGGACUCCCUCAGAAACAGCUCCUUACCGGCCUUCUCCCCGGGAGUGUCGGCGGGUUUCCCCGGUGUGUUGUCCCAUCAGAAGAGGGUGACCCCCAACGCUUUCCUGAACUGACCUCCCCUCCUCACCCCCCGGACUCUCAGUGGAACAAAAGACGUCUGUAAAAGGCAGAUAAUACGCGGUAAAUAUCAGAAAACGAGCAGAUUUAUAGAAAUAUACGAGGGGGAACUUUUUGGCCAUAUUCUGGUUUAUUUGGAUUAUUUUCCAGAGGAAAAAAGGGACAAACUUUUGUUACCCGCGGGUGUAAAACUGUAAACUAGACUUGCCAAAGGUAACACACACUAUAAGAAUAUUUCAAAUUAUUUAUAUCUUGUACAAAGAUUUUCAGUACUUUUCUUUGAGUCGUUUAUUAUUUAUGUUUUGUAUUUAUUGUACAAUGUAUUUAAAUUCUAUUCUCAGUGUAUUUACUCAUCAGUAUUAAUGA